GAAGUUGGUGAUCUUUGCCUCCUUGUUUUCACCUCACUUUCAAGUCCAAUCCCUCACCAGCAUUACAGCCUUCUUCUUCUUCAGGAUUCCUGCAUAUAUUGAAGAUCAGCUGAGACAUCCAGCCCUGUGGACUGAGCAGCGUCUGGAGUCUUCAGCCUUCCAUUCGUAGGCAGCCGCUGUUGGACUACCUGAGCCACAGCCCAGAGGAAAGGCUUCAUCAUGUCUGUGGUUGAGUAUCUCUGGGACACAAGGAACACAGAGGCCCUGCAAGUCCUGCCAACCAAAGAGGAAUCUGGAAUACAACUUGUGGAAAGAGCUGGUUUGUCCAGUUUCUCUCGAUUUGAUUUGAUGUUGGCUGUCGGCUUGUUGUUGAUUGUUUAUAUUAUAUAUAGGAAAGUGAAAGAUGCCUCACGUGAGAAGGAAAGGUUUCUGGAAGUUUAUCCUCAGAUGAAACAGGAGUUUGAGGAGCGCAUCAGGAAGCUCCACGCCCUUGCAGACAAGAUUGACAAGGUGCAUAAGGGCUGUUCCACCGCACAAGUGGUGGCCAAGUCCACCAGUGCUGCAUCUGGGGUCCUGACAACCAUUGGUCUCACUCUGGCACCUGUGACAGCAGGAUUCAGUCUGGGACUUUCAGCCACAGGCGUGGGACUUGGGGCAGCAGCAGCUGUGAUGAGUGUUUCCACAACCAUUGUGGAAAAGGUAAGCACAGCGUCAGUAGAAGCUGAAGCCAGUGAGUUUCUGUCAAGAAGCAACGGCACUGAGAAUGACAUUAAAAGCAACAACACUGGAGAGGACAUUGCAGAAGUUGUAAAGAAGAAAAUCCCCAGGCUAUUUUCUGUAUUUAUGAAAUCCUUCCAGUUAUUGGAAGUCAUGAAGAAGAACAUUGAUACCAUCAAGAUGACCAAAGCCAGCCCUCACCUAGCAAAGAAUGCCAAAAGCACUAAAGAGGAGGAGAAAGCUUUUGAAGGCACUUUUCUGGCAAUGACCAAUUGGAGUUGGAUCAUUACUGCAAUCACAGCAAGUGACUCCCUAAUGCAAGAUAUAGUCAGCAUCACAGAAGACCCAAAGCAUUUUCAAAAGGGGGCAAAGGCAGAUUUUGUUAAAAAGCUGCGGCAGCAGGCUCAGGACCUGGAGCAGAAGUUGCAGGAGCUCAUCCGGGUGCAUGACAUCCUGACUCAGUGACCUCUUCUUCAGUGCAGCUCAGAGGACUGGGGGUGGGGUGUGCUGGACAGAGCCAUGGACACUUGAUGGUUCUGAAUGUAUCCCCUUUAUAACAAUACCACGAUAGUGGUAGUGCUUGGUAGAGGUGAGGCCACAUCAAGAGAAAGGAAACCAGAACACAGAACACAGAUGGGACAGGCUUGUUACCUCCCACUAGACUCCACCUCCCUCUUAGAUCUCACAACCUCCAGCAUCCCACAUAAGGACCACGCUCCCAAGCUGGGAAGAACAUCCAAGGCCUGGCUAAGCCACAGCAUGGCUGCUUCCCAGUCACACCCACCACACUGCUCCUAACUGAGGCUCACCAUCCUCACAGGUCCCUGAGCUGCCAACUUUCCCACUGCUUUCUGAAUGCUUGCAUAGAGACUUCUCCUCCUUCCUAGUUCUGCCUCAUUCUGUGUUUUUUCAAUUAUUUCCCAAUCUUACAAUCAGAUUCUGGGUGUGAACCCCAUUUCUUUCUUCAUGGUUUGGUCACAUGGAGUGAUGGAUUUUGGAGGAAUGCUCAGAGGGUGGAAAGGAAGGGAUGCUGGGGACAUCAUCUGCAGGGUCAUCACAGGUCCUUGGUCCUAUGUGCCAGCCAUGGGCUCUACAGGGAGGAGGGGUGACAGGAUGUGGUGGUGAGUUCUGCUCUCUGUAAGCAGACUCUUGGGGAAAUCUCAAGACUUAAUUCCUACCGAAGUUUAACACCUGCUCUAUUUGGAUGAGAUCUGCUGAGAUGCACAUGAAAGCUACACUUGCUCCAUUAUAUGUGAAGAAUUAGUUUGUAAACACUGUAAACACCGGCCUGAUCAUGCUUUGUGUUUUCUGAAAAUGAUAUUACGCGUUUUCUAGAUUGUUGACUACAGAAAGUUGAUAAUUGUCUCCAGAUUUCUAUCAUCUCCUCUUUUUAAAACUGUUUUCUUUAUUGUGGAUUAACAAGAAUAUUUGAAAUUUAUACAAGAA